UUGGAAAUGGCUGCGAGUUGAAAAUAAUUAUCUAGUGAUAAUUUUGACAGCAUAUACGGGAGAGUACUUUAUUGAAUACUUUUUUUAAAAGACAGUAAUAUUACUUCUACAGUGUAUGAUGCAUUAAUGAUGGAUUCCAACAUGACAACCACAUCUGCUGGAUCAACAGGACCCGUGGAGUUGGACCAGCUACAGAUUGACUUUACCGACAACGCAAACAACGACCAACAGGUUCUAGACAUCAACAUUAACUUGAACCACCCGACCACCGGCACCACCGACGACAUCAACAAUCAGACGAACAACCUGGUGGAAGUGGCUCAACGAUGCCCAGACAAUCACAGCACUGCGAGUGAGAUGAGACGAGAUGGUGAGUUUGAGACAGGUGAGGACGGGGACAACUGCACGCAGAAUGGGGCCGGCCUGGCCACUGACGUCGACGAAUCGAUGCUGAGUUACGAGGACGAGCCGGAGGAGGUGAGGAUGGUCAUCGACGGACUCGUGGAGGAGAGCAUCGCCGCCGGACUGGCCAUCUACGUGGACGAGCUGAACUGGAAAAACAAUCCGGAUAAUCCAGUUGGAGACAAAUACAAAGACAGUUUUGAAGGUUUUGAUCAGGCUCCCUUGGUGGACACAGUUUCUCCACGACAAAGUCGUGUGGUGUUUAAAGAGCCAUCAUUGGAGGAUCUCUCGGACAACAAGUCAGACUUUUCCUCUGUGUCGGACGAGGACGAGAACAUUCAGAAACAAGACUCGGAAGCAGAAUUCGAGUUCGAAGUACCCCAGAUUUCUUCUCCUCAAGAAAAGACUCCUCCUGCCCCAACAACCAUGAUUUCUGUUCCUGCAAUUAGUGUGACUCUUGUCUCAGCAAGUGAAUCGUCAACAGGUGACCAAGAAGUGGAUGUAGUUAGUAAGUCCGAACCUUCCAUCGCGAAUACCGAGUCUUCCACAACAUCACAGCUACCACCGUCAUCUGCACCUGCCAUUUCUGUUGGUGUCGAAAGUGGAGACAUUAAGGAUGUGGGCAAGACUGAUAAAGCAGACACCCCAGCUGUGUCUAAGACUGGCACUGACCCUGUUGAAGAUGACAAAACAAAGUCUGUGGACGCUGCCCAGGCUGAAUGGGAUACUGUUCGAACAGUAGAAGCAGGUUUUGCUGAUGACAAAGGCAAACCAACAACGACAAAGCACCAAGAAGAAGUUGCUCCAUUACUCAACUAUAAUUAUGCCAUACAUCAUCUAGAAGGUCUAGACUACUCAGAAGUCAAAGGUAGUGUGAAAACUCACAUUACCAGAAGCGGUUUUGCUGCACUCACAAAUUUCAUCUUUGGGCCUCCUAAACUUCAUCGAGAUCUUCUCCAUGAGAGAGAGCUGGUGUUCUGCAUUGCUGCAUCCCCACUUGACAACAACGAUCACUGCCACAUUCGCAUGCUUCAGACAAUCUAUAGGUCUUUAACGGGAUCCUACUUCGAAUGUCAGAGAUAUGGAAACCAUUGGGAGGAAAUAGGCUUCCAAGGCACGGACCCGGCCACGGAUGUAAGAGGGAUUGGAAUGCUGGGCCUUCUGCAGCUGCUUCACCUGGUGCGAGAUCCAGCCAAGUCGAAGCUGGCCCGCGAUAUCUACAAACUGUCACUCGAUCCAGUUCAAAAUUUUCCAUUUUGUAUUAUGGGAUUGAAUAUGACCAGGUUUACCAUUCAGGCACUGCGAGAAGAUUUGUUAAACAGAGACUGCAACAGACAAGGCAAAGUGAUGGAUGUUGUGAAUGAUUUCUAUUCCGGACUUUUCCUUCACCUGUUUCGAAUAUGGAAGCAGGGCAAAAUCAUCUCUGAUUCUGGGACCGUCCUCAGAGAUGUAGAGCAGUUCUCGAAGAAGCGCCCUAGAGAUGUGGUGAAAAAUCUCCAAGACUACCUCAAAGGUCACAAAGUAGAAGCCGACCCAGUGUUGACGUCCGAAGAGGCAUUUCUUAAUGUGUGUACCAUGGAGAAGGAAGAAGAGUAAAUUGUCACGAUUAUUUUCGUAUUCAUGUAGAACUUAAAUAGUAAGGUUUAUGUUCUGGUCUAAAUCCUUAAUCUUGGCAAGUUGAAACAAUAUUUGUUUAUGUACUGGUCUAAAUCCUUAAUCUUGGCAAGUUGAAACAAUAUUUGUUUCACAAUGCAAGUACCAACUGUUUUCUUCCUUUUUUCUUCUUUUUUUUUGUUUUGUUUUUGUUUUUGUUUUUCCCUUCUUUUUUUUAAAGUUUAUCUCAUUCAAAGGUUGGUGAAUAUUAUUUUUUUAAAUGUGAACUCUUUUUUGCUCACAACAAUCUGAGAUUGUUUUGUAGUUUUUUUGUUUGUUUUUUUAAAAAUCAAAAUUAUCUCUAUCUAUAUAUAUAUAUUUGGAAUGGGUCUACAAAGUUUUACCUUAGUAACACUUGAUGCUAGCCAUUAGUUUAAGAUUAGCUCUGUGUAAAGGUGCAUUCACACAGUGCAGUGUUUAGUAAAGCAUUAAAUUUGUUUCCUGCAUAACAGAUGUGUGUCUAUUCCAAUCCUGUAACAAUAUGCAAGUGUGUAUGAGAUCACCAUCUGGGGCCUAUUUUAUGAAGCGAUCUUAGCGUUAAGAUCACCUUAAGAUCAUUACUAUCUUAUGCACUUAUGGGGGCGGGAUUUAGUUCAACUGAGUGCUCGCCUGAGGUGCUUGUAUCGCAGAAUCGAACCACCUUGGUGGAUCCAUUCAACUGGUUGGGGUUUUUUCUCAUUCCAACCAGUGCACCACAACUGGUCGAAGGCUGUGGUAUGUGCUUUCCUGUCUGUGGGAAAGUGCAUAUAAAUGAUCCCUUUACGGUAAUCUUAGCUCUAAGAGUGUUUCAUAAAACAGGACCCAGGCCAGUAAACAAACAUGGCAAAUCAUUAUGUCAAAUAGCACUGCGAAAAUGCAUCUUCAGACAAGUUGGCAAAAUUGUUUCUUUUCUUUCUUUCUUUUUUUUUUUCUUUUUUUUCUUUUUUUUUAUUGUUUGGUUCAGAUGUGAUCCAAUUCAGUUGGUUGUGCAAUAAAUAUAAAUUGCAUGCUGCAGAUCCUGAAAUUAAUGGAAUCCUAAUAUUAAUGCGAAACAUGUGAGUUUGUGUUAUUCGCAUUAAUAAUAUGACACAUGUAUUUCUAUGUUUUGUCUAUGUGUCCCAUGUUAUUAAAACAAAACAUUCUGUCAGGUUUUUCUGGUGUCAAAGCAUUCGCAUGAUCUAGCAGUCCUGUGGGCAGUUUUUUGAUGAAAGUAAUGUACUUGUACAUUCUUAGGAAGAUACAGUUGUAAUGGUACAUGUAUGCUCAUUUUUAGCCAGAUUCAGGUAACUAAACACGUUACGUAAAUGAUAGCUGCAAAAAUAUGCUUUGAGUUGAUCUCACCAAAAUCACUAGGGACUAAACAGGUUAAUUGAUGUGUACACAGACAUGUUAGUGAGUUGAUCUCAUUGAAGAUGCCUGUAACUCGGAUUUAACCAAAAAGUACACAGACUUGUGUCGUUUGGAAAGUAAUAUUUUAAAGGGAGGCCAUUCGUAUUAACUUCAUGUCACAUUUUAGUCUGCCCACCGAUGCAUUAAUUUUAGGAUUUUCAGCAUGUGAUGUUUCUGUCCUGCUUGACAAUAUUUUGAUGUGAAUGUAUUUUUAUUAAAAUGAUAUAUUGCUGGCCACUGAUUUUUUCCGUCAAUAGACCUAAAUAUUUUGAUCAGUCAAAACACUGCAGGCAUAACAGUGCCAUUGUUAAGCAAAAUGACCAUUUCAGCAAAGGGUCACCAGAACGUAAAAUAGGUUGAGACUUUCCCAGAUCCAAAUUGAGCAAAACUAUUAAUCUCUUCAUUGUAAAUUGCAGAUAGGUUGGUGUGACCUGAUCUAAAUUCAUACUGGUAAAAAAAGAAGAAUAUUCCCUUAAAGUAGAUAAAUUAUUUUUUUAAAAGAAAAAGGACUCCUGUGGCCAGUUUUCUCAAACUGAUCAAGUUUGAAACGUUUUUAAUUGGCCUUACAUGUCUAAAUAAUUCUAGUCAUUUUGUAAUAUAAUAUAUUUAAUUAUUUGUGUGACUCAUAUAAAUUUCUGUAUCCACUUCAUCCAGUUGACAGUUUAUGUCCCAAUAUGUACUUAGAGUUUUAAAAGCUUUAAUAUUGUUUUUUGUAUUUUUGUUCUGAUGAUGUAGUGAUACUUGAGAAUCUUUAUUACAUAUAUAUUUUAUCUUUGUUAAUCAGCAUUAGGAGAUAGUGAUCUCAUUUGUUUUUUCUAGUAUGCAUUUGUUAUAUUGAAAGAGUGUGUUUUAAAAUGGAUUUCGCUCAAUCGUCAUCAUUUUGCAAAAUGCACUGUAAAUAUUAAGUAUAACUCACUUAUUAUUACUGUGUAACAUUCACAGCAUAAAGUGAUAUUUGUUGUUAAUUUAAUUUGGAUAUUAAAAGCAGGGCCCGGGUCGACGGGUCUUAGAAUAUGAUAUAAGACGUGAUGUCACAAAUACAGAUUUUUAAUACAUUGUAGUAGCUCAGGGGCCCCAUUUUACGAAACGAUCUUGGCGCUAAGAUUACCUUAAUUACAUAAGGUAGCUAUGCACUUAAGGUGAUCUUAGUGCUAAGAUCGCUGUGUAAAACGGGGCCCUGAUAAACUGUUUGUGAUGCUUAAUGUGGCAAUUUUGUACAUGUUGAAAACAUUUUCUUUAUGCAUGAAUGAAUAAAAUGUUUAACCGACACCCCAGCACAAAGAAUCACAUCUGCUAUUGGAUGUCAAACAAAUGUAUGUGUGUGAAUAGGAUUGUUUCUUUAUGCAAUGCCAUAACACAGCCUCGUGGUUCCUGUCAAUGUUUGCCCGCUCUGAAGGUUUGCAACUUCAUUGUUAACUUUCAUCACAUUUUCACGAUUUUGUCUUCAAUUAUCCAGACAAAUUGUACAAAAAUAGCUGAUUGCAUCACAGCUGAUGAAAUCAUAAUGUUUGUGUUGUCAAAAUUGGCUAUUCUCGUACAAGGCACUCAUAUUGUGUGGCAUUGCCUUUAGGUAGUAAAGUUGACUUCUGUCUAGCUUUACAUUUUUGUGCUAUCCAUGGUUGUGAAAAACAUAAACAUAUUUUAAUAAUGUACAUUCAGAAGCCAUUUUAUGAAUUUGAUGCCUGUCAAAAGUAGCUAUUCUUGUACAAGGCACUUAUGGCGUGUGGCAUUGCCUUUAGGUAGUAAAGUUGACUUCUGUCCAGCUUCACAUUUUUGUGCUAUCCAUGGUUGUGAAAAACAUAAACAUAUUUUAAUAAUGUACAUUCAGAAGCCAUUUUAUGAAUUGAUGCCUCACUGAUCAAAAUUGUGGUGACUGAUAGUGAGACAAUGAAACAUUUGAUCUCAGACUUGCAUUUUAAUCAUUUUGCUGGGAACUAUAAACAUUAUAGUUUAAAGAUAGGCUGCUUUUGGAAUUAAAUACAAUCACAUUUCAUGAGAAACAUUUAGUGGUAUUUGAAAUAAAAUCCUAAGACAAUGUAUAAAUCUGUUAUUAUGCUAGUUUUCAUACAUAUAUGUGUAAAUAUGAAUCAUAUUAAGUCUAUUUAUUUCAUUUUCAUGUCUUGUUAUGUGGUAAUGCGAUUUUGUUUUUUUGAGUGCUAGUGUUUGUAGUUUAUUACUGUUAUUAUAGAGUAACAGGUUUAGAUAAAUUUAGUUUAUUAAAGAAAAAAAAAGAUGUCAUUAUACUCUGGUAAACAGUGCUUUAUUAUAUUUUAGUUUUUCAAAACAUUGCGUAGUUGCUUAUUAACUUUGUAAGAGAUAAAGAUAUUAGCUUUAACAGAGGAACUAAUAAUGUAGACGUCAUUGUUAAAGUGGUUUAAAUAGUGAUCUGACUUGCGCUUACUGUUCUCGGCAUGCACUAGUCAGUAGGAUUAUAUUUUGUACUGUGGUGCUCCUUUCAUGUAUAUCUGUAUACCAUUUUCAUGCUUUAAAACAUUUUCCUUGUUAAAAGUUCUGUGAUGAUUUCUGAGUUACAUUAUUUUUAAUUUCACUGAAUAAGUUCAUCUGUGUUUUAUGCGAGUUUUUGAUCGGUGUAAACAUUAUGUGUUGUAUUUGACAAAACGUGUCCUACUUUAAGAUUGUAUUGAAAAAACAUUGUCAUUUUGUUGCAUGGGAUAUUUUGUAUGUUCCAACAUUGUUUUUCUUAUUCAUCACUUUUUGUGAUAAUUGUACGACUAGAUUAAUGUUAAAUUGGUUUUCAUUGAUCUAGACAGUUCAUUAUUAUACAUAGAGUCAAAUAUGCUAUAAAAGACACUAAUAAUAAUGUCUGUAAUGGCUAUCAGACAUGUCCCAUAUGCACUUUUCUAUUUCGUUCUUUCUUUUCUUUCUUUAUCUCAAGAUCUUAUAAUAAAGCAAAGUUAAAACCUGACGAAAAUGUGUUUUGCCAAGUUGUAGUCAAAUAUCAGAAGAUUUCAGUUUCGCUUUUAAAAAAUCUUGAAAAUCCUAAAUUAAAUUGCAUUUUGGCUAAAAGGGGAAAAUACCACUGAGUUAACUCCCUUGAAUAGUGAUGUAAUAUUUGGCAGAGUUAUGGUAUUUGUUAUUCUAACCUUCGCAGGAUAAAGCCAAUAUCUUUAGACAGUAACUAGUUACAUAUAUUCUUUCUAUAUAUAACUUUGACUGUUAAUCACAAUCACAAAUGAUGUUUAAUUAAUUAAUGAUUUUGUUUGAUUUCAUAUUAUUUAAGAAUUUUUAUAUUGUGAUUAGAUAUAUUUUGUUUAAGUAUGAAAGUGAUUGUUCUCUGAUCAGAUUUAUGCUGAAUGUUUUUACUUUGUUACUUGGAUUCAUGGCAUUUUUGUGUUGUAUGUAUUCUUUGAUUGUUCUGUAAUGAGAUUUCACUACAAUGUGAAGAAAUAAUUUGAUAUGUACUGAAUGUUCUUGCUUUGUUGUUUCAUAGAUUCUUGAUAUUUUUGUGUUGUAUGUAUACUUUGUCAUUAGAAUUUAAGACUUUAAAACAAUAUUCUUUGGCAAUUAGUUUGAGUUUCCCUUUAAAGCAUACAUUUAGUUCAUCAUUCUAGUUGAUUAAAUUUUAUACUUUUGUAAACCUACAAUAGGUAGUAUAUAGAUUACAUUACAAGUCAUAACCACCAUUUUUUUCAUAUACAUUUUCCAUCUCUGCAGCUAGACUAUUUAAUAGUUAUUCCCAGCUACUGCUUCUUAUGAAAACUUGUGUUGUUGCUUUGUGGCUAGGUUUUUUUUUGUCUGGUGUAUUUAUUGAGUAAUGAUAACCAGUGGAUUUGAUUAAUGUAGCUCACCAAACAUUGUGAUAAGAGUUCCAAUGAAUCGGGUUUUUUGCAAGGGAGUUGACAAUAUCUGUUAAUAACCGAAACAUAAUUUUUUUUUAAUGUAAAACUAGUUGUGUUUAUGAUGGUAUACAAUUUUAUUAGUUGGAGUCGAAGACUGCAAUUUUAAAUGUUCAGUUAGAAAGAUGCAGAAAAAAACACAUGGUAGGGAAUAUGAUUAUCACAAUUAGGUACAGCAAUCUGUUUUAAUUGCAGUUAACAUUUUGUGAUAAUCUAUAAGCUUAUUCUGUCCAUGAAGUUUAGACAAUGAUAAAGUACACUACAUGUCAUUGUGUUCUCAUCAUUAGUAAGUUUACAGCAAUAACGUUUUGAGGAGGUAGGACAAUAUGGUUUUUGUUGGGGUGUUUUUGUUGUAAAAAUGGUGAAAAGUUUAUUUAAAUUUUAGGGAGUAUAUAUUGAAGGUUGACUAUUUUGAUGGUACAUGUAUCUGUUUUUGUUUUUGUCUGUUGUAAUUACAUGUUGAAAACAAAAAAUUGUUUUAUCACCAGAGCACUUUUUUUUUUUUUAUCUUAUCAUUGGCUAUUGGAUGUCAAACACAUGG